CGCCGUCGGGUCGCGCGGACGUUCGAGGGACGCUCCGUUUCGCGCGGUGUCGUGUCAGUGCCAGUUGGACGUACCGCGAACCGAUUAAUCCGCUUCGCGCGUUGCGAAUAUCGAGCUCCGUUGUCCGGCGUCCAUCGCGACAGUCUUCGGUGAAGCGAAACACAGUUUCCAUCGGUCUUUAGUGCGCGGUGGAUCGUUCCGAGGAUGCGCGUCGCGCGAAUAAUCCCCGAACGCGGGUAUAUUCCUUGAUAUCGAGUGCGCGGAACGGUGUUGUCGUUGCAGUGCAGUGUUCCGGGCCAGGUAAUUCCGGGCCUCCCGAUCGGUUUGGAAUGGCGCCGCAGGAUUCGCUGGGUAAGCAAGCCGACGGAAAUCUCUCGGUGGUCGGUAUCCUCGACGGUUGCGAUCUCCCGUUCGCGAUCUGGUGAGGUUCGCGCGCGCGGAAUCGCAGGGAGUCCCGCUGUGUUCUUCGUUCGGUGUUGUGCGCGAAUGAAUGUGCCGGUCCCCCCGCGGAAGAAUCAUGCCGUUCGUGCUGCGGAAAGUGGAGCCGCGCUACCUGUGCCGCGGACACGUGCCAACAGGAUCGGUCCCGCAGGGCUGGCCGGUCGGCGCCGAAUUGGAGGCGGUCUCAAACGGCGCGCUGACCGUCUCCUUGAAACAGUUGGCAUCCCUGCUCACCACCGCGGAGAACAUCUUCGCUGACCUGACCGCCGAGCUGACCGCGGUCGCCGAUCGCAGCAGUCGGCUCCGACAGAGGAUCGACAAGGUCGAGGAACGUCUUGCCUUGGUCGAUCCAAAGAAAAUACCAGUCCCCGAAUCGGACAUAUGCACGUUCUCCGCUAGAACCGAGCAUUUCCAUGUGAACAACAAGCCAUCGUCGUCGCUGUUCACGUCGAACACAAGACCGAAGGCGCUAACAGAGCUGUACGAAGCGGCUGCUAUCGUCGCUGUCAGAGGUCUGGAUAGUCUGAGAAGGGAUGGCAGUUCCGUGGAUAUGUUCCUGUGCACGCCCGUCCUUGGCAAGAGGCGGCGGGACCAAAGUCUCGACAUCGAAUCCAGAAUCCCGGCCGUUAUCGAAGAUCUACGCAGAUGGACGUCCACGGAGGCGCUCGGGGACGUUACUGUACCACCGGAUUGCAUGUCCAGGAUCCUGGGAGACACGACCGACGACGAUGCCGUCGAUCACAAACUACCCAGCCCGGAAGAACAGGUUCAAGCCGUCGCUCUCAAGUUCCCAGCUGAGAUCGUGGCGGUGGACGUCAGUGGAAAAGGAUUCGAAAGAAUGUCGAUGAGAAGAAGAUCUUUGCUAUCCGGUCCAGAGAAUCAGGAAACAGCUGUGAAAAGACGAUCGCGCCUUCGUAGACCCAGAGGGAAGAGACGAAAUACGAUCGCUGGUACCGAUCAGAAGGAAAUACGACAGGCAAUCGGAGGAGAGACGAUCGACGAGGACGCGGACGGAACGAUAUCGAACAUAGCGUCGCGGACGCAGCGAUCGGCGAGCACGGACAUAUUGGGCUCGUCGAAGAAGGAUUCGCCGACGGAGAAGAAGUCCCAUUUCAACACCUUGAAAGCGUGGGGCAUGUCCCGGCUGAAGCUGAUCAGCCCGAAAUCGAACAACCAGCAGCAGGAGCAGCCGGGGACGGCCGCAGCGGUCACAGCGAGGUCAGAGACGGAUCGAAAUCGAUCGAGAUCGACGGAGGAUAGAAAUAUUUACGAAAUGGUAACGAGCAGGCGCAGGAAGGACAAGUCGCACGAGAGGAAGCCCAGCUCGUCGAGCUCCAGCGGCAAGAGCGUCGCGAGCAUACCGGUGUCGGUGCCCACCGCGGAGAAACAGCCGGGCGUGAAAUUGCGGGAGAGCGCGGUCCAAAGAAGAGAAAGACGAAAGGGCAGCAACCGAGACGAUCCGCCGCAUUCGAGCUCGGGGAACUGGAGUGCGUCCUCCGAGAGCGGAAGGGCCAGCAUCGGCAGCGAGACGACCACCACCACCCAUCAACCGAGGUCGACGACAACAGCAUCGAUCGGAACAUCCUCCACUUCCCUGAACCACGUCCGGCGAUUCAAGGGACGGGAUACAUCAGCCUCGUCCUCGGUCACAUCGGAAGGUACGCUGACACCCGAUAUUAUACAGGAUAUCGCGGUGGUGCCUUUCUCCGACGAUGGCGAGACCUCGUCCGUGUACUCUUGCGACACGGAAGGGUAUUACACGUCGUUCCACGUGGAUUCCGGCCUAAAAACCCUGCGAGAAGAGGAGCCGGUUCUGCAGACUUCGUCGAUGAAGACGAACGACGUCAGUUCCGAUCCCACUUCGCCGACCGUUGAAAACGAGUACGAGCUGUUCGGAAGGGGUUCGACCUCGACGACGACGAGCUCCGCGGGAACAGUUUGCACGGCGUUAUUGGCGCCACCACCGCCGGAAAGGAAGUCUAGCCUCACGGUUGUCGCCAUGGUGCACGGGCAAAAUCAAAACGGCGGCGAGUCACCGGACAGCGGGCACAACACUUCGUCGUCGCCGGUGGAGUCCGCCUCGAGUCCAGCGUGCACGGGAAGGUCCUGUUCCGAGUUCGAGUACUCCGAGUCCAGCGACCUGGAGGGCUGCGAGAGGAUCGAGAGAAUUCGCUCGAAGACGGCGAUCAACGCCAGUCGUAUACCGUCCAUGUGCGUUAUCACGCCACCCGGUUCCGACGACGAGCUCGCGCGAGAGUCGGAACAAACCGGCAAGUCCACCGAGAAUAGGAAGCAAGACAUCCAAGCCGGAGGAUCGGUCCUCAUGUCCGCCACCGUUGGGACCUCCAAGAUGGAGGUGAUCAACGGUCAGGAUAAGAACAUGUACGCGACCGUGCAGGUGUUGCCUUCGCCGGUGAACGACAGACCCACCGUCGGACAGGCCUCCGUCAAGAUCAAUCCGCUGAGCGGUGUCUUGGGCAAGCUUCGCGGCGUCCUUCCAGGCAGGAAGCACGUGCCGAAGAACUCGGUACAGGAUCAAGGGAACGCAGACUCCGGCGACUAUGUCACUAUAGCCGACGUGAGGAACAAUAACGACAAACGGCAAGAGCCGGGGACGAAUUCGAGCACGGCUCCCGCCUGGUCACCGGUGUUGUACGCCAAUUCUGACAUCUUCAAGAAGGACGCCGAGUACGUUAGUUUAAACGAGUUACCAAAAAAGCCGACCUCCUCCUUGGAAAGAAAGAGACAGGGUGCCAGGGUCACGUUAGACUCCGAGGGCAAGGUUGUUUACACCUCCGACAGCCUGAAGAGAAGGAAAGGAGCGCAUUCCACCUUCAAUCCAGGUCCGUUCGUGAGGGAAGGAGUAUCUCCGAGCCCGUCGCCGUUGUUGCACCGUGCAACCCCGAACGUCCGAGCAGUGACGAAGACCAACGACGCGGUGGAUGGACCGACGAAAUUGACGCCACCCACGUCGCCGCAGCUGGGUAAGCUGAUCAUCAGAGCGGCGAGAAGCCCGGAACGCGCGAGCAGUCCGGACUACGUUCGAACACCGUCGACCGUGGUGGGACCCACGAGUCCAACGACAGCCCAUCGACAAGUUCGCGGCGCUUACGUGAACAUGCAGGAGGACGAAGAUAACACGUUGCUGGCUAUCGAUUCGGUGCCCCCUCACGGGAUAAUUCAGCCGCCGUCGUACGACUCGCCCCCGAAGCCAAAAGACUGCAAGAAAGAGCACAAGAUCCAAGAUGCCUUGAAGAACGCGCAAACCGCGCCGGGGCAACUGACGCAGUGCGAGAAGCAGCAGCAGCAGCAGCAACAGCAACAGCAGCAGCAGCAGCAGCAGCAAAACCAUGGGCCGCAAGGAUACCACCAGGAGCAGAUGGUGUACGACCCCCAGCAGAAUGCGUACAACAACAACAAGGCGGCGAACUGGGAGUACCAGCGCGCUUGCAAGCAGCGGCAAAUCGUCAGCAUGCACAACGCGAGGAAUCAGCAAUACUGCGCGUCGGGGAGGCACGCCGCCAGUCAUCAGUUUUACACGCUGCCGUCUAGAAGACCGCGGAGGGAUGUCGAGCCGCCGCGCAGCGUCACGCCGGAUAUCACCAGGGGCCUCGGUCAUGGUUCCUUGAGCGCUAUGCACAUGUACGCGAUGCACGGCCAGUUCGAGUCCCAAGUGGAUCUACACGGGAAACAUUUGGAACACUUCGACGCGAAUACCAGGGCGAUGGCAAACCGACAGCAACCGGCGAUCGUGGACGUCAGAAACAGAUUCGCCGCACCGCUAGGACUGACCGCGCUCGGGUAUCGAUUCUUCGGGUCCUCGCCUGUUCGUGAUCCCGUUACGAAAACUUCCAGUGCCGAUGCUUUGCAACACAAUCCAAUUUCCCCAACCAGGCAGAGUCACGAGAACAGUUUCGCGACGUCCACGCCAAUCGGACGUACUAUGCCGACGAUCGCCGAUCGCAUGGCGCUGAUCGGCAGCCCAAAUUGCCCGUCGCCGACGCCGAAUUCCGGUAGAAGCACGCCGACCAACCUGGUCCUGUCGCCGACGAAGAGCACGAUGUCGAACGAAGAAUUGUUCGCCGCUAUACACAAGUCGAAGAAGAGGUUGAACAUCAAGGACGACGGCGACAGCCCUACCCCGUACGGGUCGACGAAGUCGAUAGCGAAACUACCACCGGGGAACAGGCACAGUUGGAGCUCCGACAUACAGAAAUCACCAGUGAUUCUUCAGAACGUUCAGUCGUCGUCGCCAGGAACAUCCAGACUGGACUUCAAACGUUUGUUGCUUCAACAGAGUGUCAAGAGCGGUCCCACGAGGCUGUCGGCGGCGGAGCAGUUGAAACUGUCGCGGCAGCAGCAGUCGCAGCAACAGCAGUCGUCGCCGACGACUCCGCACACGACUCCUUUGGCCAAAGUUCUGAGUCCCCGGUCGGCGUGGAGGUUCCAGACGCCGCGAACGGAUGUACUGUCGUCCACGAUAAUAGAGGACACGGCGGCCGAGGAGAAAGCUAUGAAACCGUCCCCCGAAAACACUUCCCCGAUAUCAAGACUGAACGCGAGGAGGCAGAUCGACCUCUGCAGCGACCUCCUCGGCCAUUUGAGCAGCUCGAAUCCGAGAAGCAGCGUCGCCGAUCAUUCGGACGACGUACUGCCACUGGACGGUGUAGGACGCUUCGAUGCGACGACCAUGAAGGAGAUCGAGACGCACGGUCGAAGACAGGAGCCGGCUACGCGCGAUGGCGCAUUGUCCGCCGGCGACAAGUGUCCAACCGUUCAUCCGCAAACCGGUACCGAUCGAAACGCGUCGCCGGUCCAAUGCGUCUCGGAUGCGUAUUCCGAGCACGGUGCUGUCAAUCCAGCAAUUCAGUAUUCGUACAACGGUACACAGCUGACGCCGUCGUGUCAGAAAGCGAUAAACGCGUUCGAGUCGAGGAGGAUCAGCAACCAAUUAGCCAGGGCACAGUUCUUAGCUGGCACACCGUCGACCGGCAACCACGGCGGCCAGAAUACUACCUACGUCAGGCAGAUAUUUCGGGCCAGAUCGGAGUCGCCGCAAAACAUCGUGCCGCAAAAUGUCCCUCGUAGUCCCAGUGCUCCCACGUUGGAGACGGCUUUGUGAUCGCGGCGUGGCUCGUUUGUAAAGAAAUCUCGGACUUUCGCGGCAAGAACGAACCCGCUGUUGCGUUACUUGCAAUCGUGAGCCAAGUAACAACCGGCACUGUUGUUACAGUGCUUUCCUCGCAUACGCGCGUAGUUGCGUUCUCUACCGAAUCAUUUAUUUGGACUUUGUGCUUUCGAGAACAACCGCGUACGCAACAUUCGCGAUAGAAGUACAUAUAUUUAUUUUCAAAUCAAAGAGUAAAAUGUAAAAAUUCGCGAGCACGCGUAGAAAAGAAAUUUUUCGAGUUUACCAUCGUUCUCGUAUACAUAGAUAUAUAUACAUAUAUGCGUCGGCUACUGUACAUGCAUAUUAUAGAAGCGAAUUGUUCGUGUGCUUAUUUAUUAUCGAUCUUGGCAGCGAUCUACCGUCUCGUUUAAUAAGCAAUGCCGUACGCGCAUAAUAUACGGUGGUCAGUAAUAUUAUAUCUGGAUUGCGGAUUUCAUGCAUUUAUCGUGUCACAGAUUUCCGGGAGGAACGGGGAGUGUAUUUCUACUCUGGUUCGAACCGCUGUAAUUGCUUUCGAAGAAUGUGAUUUUACACGAGGUCCGCAGUCUGAUUAUAACGAAGAACGUGAUUUUACAAUAAAGUAUUUUUUAGAUAGAAGACUAUUAUUAACGAAAACGCAAAUUUCGUUCUUGUUCCGAUUUGUUGCGAAAAUUGUUUUUCCUUGCGUCUUAUCCCGCUAUGCGAAGAAACAAAAUUUUCGAUAUUAUAUACUUAGGUGACAAGUAUGCUAGCGAAAGUUCUGUCGUCAUUUCUUUUGUUACGAAAAGAGUCCAUCUUUCGUAACAGCAUUUAUUUAUCGUUAAUUGUUCGAUCUAACGCGCGCAUACGAUGCAUCCGCAUUGUUUUUAAACGUAAAGGCGGAACUCUUCGAUGAAUCUGAUAUUCGAACAAAAAUUUGUCAAGCUACCUAAGAGAUUUUCUGACAAAUGUAUGUGGGCCAAAGAUAAAUGCAAAUGUAACUGGAAGAAAUAUGUGUAACAAAUUUAUCUUCUUUCGCUUUCGGUCAGCAUUUAUCGUUUAUAAAGUUUAUUUAGAUAUAUAUUUAUAGGCAAACGAUUAACGUUGAAAUCUCACUCUCAUGAAAUUUUUUACACCUUACUUUUAUUUGGAAUCCUUCGGCAACGAAUAACACGAGAAAUGUAUUUAGAAUACAUUUGCUGCGUUCUGAAACAAAAGAAUAAAAAGAAAGUUUCGCCCCUGUUUCGUUCAUCCCUCUCCUUAUGUAAAUCCGGUGUUUUAGAUUUCCGUGUGUAAUCUGUUGUAACAUUGUAACAUUACACACUUUGUAGGACUGUAGCAAUUAUUGUUACACUCUUGCAACAACGUAUUAUAAUCGGCAUAAAUAGAUUGCGGAUGUUUCUGUAAA